UUCGCAACGGGCUGGCACUGCUAAAUUGGGAGCAUAGGGGAUUGGGAGGUGACAGAACUGUCUUCGUUUUGUCCGCCAGACUGAGGAACUUCACCCUGUUACGGGUGUGGCUUUGUACGUGAUAAAUCUUUACGAAGAGAAGAAUGCAUAACGGCACUCACAUACUUAACGACUAAAUUAAACACAGAGGAAGAAGAGAAAAUAGAAUAGCUUCUUCACAGUGGCAGUCCUGAAGCGUGCACUUGGAACCAUGGGGUGCACAGUGAGUCAGGAAGAUAAAGCUGCACAAGAGCGGUCCAAAAUGAUUGACAAAAACCUUCGAGAAGAUGGGGAGAAGGCGGCGAGAGAAGUGAAACUGCUCCUGUUGGGUGCGGGAGAGUCGGGGAAGAGCACUAUUGUGAAACAGAUGAAGAUCAUCCAUGAGGAUGGCUACUCAGAAGAGGAGUGUAAGCAGUACAGAGCUGUGGUCUACAGCAACACAAUUCAGUCCAUCAUGGCCAUCAUCAAGGCCAUGGCCAACCUCAAGAUCGACUACGAAGACGCAGCCAGAGCGGAUGAUGCCCGCCAGCUGUUUGCCCUCUCGGGGGCUGCUGAGGAGCAGGGCAUCCUGCCAGAUGACCUGUCCAAUGCCAUGCACCGGCUGUGGGCCGACGGAGGGGUGCAGGGCUGCUUCACCCGCGCCCGCGAGUACCAGCUCAACGACUCUGCUGCCUACUACCUGAAUGACCUGGAGAGGAUAGCCAAAGCAGACUACAUCCCCACACAGCAGGAUGUGCUGCGGACCAGAGUGAAGACCACUGGCAUUGUGGAGACACACUUCACCUUCAAAGACCUACACUUUAAAAUGUUUGACGUGGGCGGUCAGCGUUCCGAGAGGAAGAAGUGGAUCCACUGCUUUGAGGGAGUUACAGCCAUCAUCUUCUGUGUGGCCAUGAGUGCCUACGAUCUGGUGCUGGCUGAGGAUGAGGAGAUGAACCGUAUGCAUGAGAGCAUGAAGCUGUUUGACUCCAUCUGCAACAACAAGUGGUUCACAGAGACCUCCAUCAUCCUGUUCCUCAACAAGAAGGAUCUGUUUGAGGAGAAGAUCACACACAGCCCCCUGACCAUUUGCUUCCCAGAGUACUCUGGUCCCAACAAAUUUGAGGAGGCGCAGGCCUACAUCCAGACCAAGUUUGAGGAUCUGAACAAGAAGAAGGACACCAAGGAGAUCUACAGCCACUUCACCCAAGCCACCGACACCAAGAACGUUCAGUUUGUCUUCGACGCUGUCACCGACGUCAUCAUCAAGAACAACCUGAAGGACUGUGGUCUCUUCUAGAGCCUGAGAAAUCGUCAAGCUCUGACUAUAAGGAAGUUUGGAAGAAAAACGUUGUGAAGGAAUGCACUGGCCCACCACGAUUUCUGCUUUGCUCUGCUUUUGUUAAAGGCACCUAAGAGACUGAGAACUCGGAGAGCAUUGCAGAAUUUCAACGAUUGCUGAUCCAGUUGCUCGUAUUGUUAACUCUUUGGGCUAAGACCACAAAUCAAACAUUUGUUAUUCGUUUUUUUUCUUAGUUUAUUUUCAAUUAUUAGAGGCAUUGGAAAAGGUUUUUAUAUAAAUGCGUUCAUUUUACUUUAGAAAAUCUGAUGUGCAGUGCAAAUUCUAUUAAACUUUUAAUCGCAUAAAGCUUAUUUUGUAAAAGAAGAACGUGCAUGGAUAGAGAUUAUGAAUGGAAAAAGGAAGUUCUUUUUUAUCAUGUUUACAUAUGUUCCUCAUUCAUAGCCAAACCGCAUAUUUUUCCUGCAUGACUCGAGAUGGCAAAUAUAUUCGCUCUGUAAUCUGCACAGAAUAUCUUAACAUUCCUUUUACAAAAUCUAAAUAAAAAUAUUAAAAAGUAAAACAAAAAAACCUUCACAACCAGGGGAAGGAAUGGCAAAAAUUCUAACUGAUUUUAAAGUAUGUAUGUACCUAACAUUAUUUUUUUAUAAUACCAAUUCCAUGUCUUUUGCAGUAUGUUUGUGCCUUCACUUAAGUUUACAGCCGAUUCAUAGAUAUGCUU